GGAAGUGGACACGCGUCAUUGGCUGUUGAGCUGCUCUUCAGAGCUGUGCUCGUGCAUUCAUUCAAACGGCUGAGUUCAGGAGCGCGCGCAAGGAAAGGGCUGAUCUCCUUCGAGCUCAAAUUCAUGUUUCAUCCGUCUAUUCAUGAUUCUGUCAACUUAAUGUAAAGACAUGACGAGACAGGAGUGAAGUAUCUGUUCUUGGCUGGAGCGUGAGGUUGGGCAGAGGAUGCUGGAGGAGGGUGAUGGAGAGUUGGAGGGGAUCGGUGGAGGAGGAGGAGAUGGGGGGCUUCAAGCAGAGGUGGAGAGGCUGGUGGCAGAACUCCAGGAAGCCAAUGAGGAGAAGUUACAGGCUGCACGGUACGGCCUGGCCGUUCUGGAGGAGAGCGCUGCGCUGAAGAUCAAACACAGCCAGCUGGAGGAAGAACAUGAAGCCCUGAAGAUGGAAGUGCAACAGCUCAGAGAGGCUCUGGCAGACUCUGUGAGCAGCCAUAAGCGUGCAGCCGCAGAUGGGGAAAGUCGAGAAGAGAGGCUCCUGCAGGAGUCGGCCACUAAAGAGGCAGCCAUGGAGAUUCGCAUGGACGAGCUGCAGGCGGAGCUUAAACAGGCCCGUGUCAUGCUGGCCAACACCUCGGCUGAAAACGAGCGACUGGCCGGCCUCUCCACCCAGCUAAAGAAGGAGUGUGAGUGCUUGGAGGUGGAGAAGAACCGAAUAAGAGAGGAGAUGAAGGAGUACAAGACUCGAGAGGUGCAGCAGCUUCAGGAUAACAGUGAGCUGGAGGAGGAGAACAUCUCCCUGCAGAAACAAGUCUCAGUGCUUAAGGAAAACCAGGUGGAGUUUGAGUCAGUGAAGUUGGAGUUGACCCAUAAAGAUGAGGAGCUAGAGCUGAUGAGGGCACAGCUAGAAGAGGCCGGGCGUUUGAGGGAGAUUGCAGAGCGUCAGCUGGACGAGGCACUUGAGGCCCUGAAAGAGGAGAGGGAGCAGAAGAACGGCCUGAGACGAGAGCUCGCCGCCCUUACCCUCAACCCCUUUGACUCUUUUGGCCACUUAGAGCUACAGCUGGAUGACAGCCGGAAUGGAGAGAAGGACAAGGAGGGAGGAGAGGAGGAGGAGGAGGAGGAGAUGGACAGUGGGUAUAAUAACUCCAAAGGGAUGGAGAGAAACAGGUGCUCCACACCCAGAAACAGCGGCGUGUUCCUCAGACCUCAGGCGCCUGGGCUGGUGGCCGAUCUCCUGAGUGAGCUGCACCUGUCAGACAGCCAGAAACUCAAGCAGCAGCUGCUGCAGGUGGAGAGAGAGAAAGCCACACUGAGCAGCACAGUGCAUGACCUCCAGCAGCAGUUAUCCCAGUCUAAAGAUGCUCUCAGUGAGCAACAGGUGAAGAUGGAACAGCUGAGCCAACGUUUGGAGACCCUUCAGAGUACUGCCUCGAAAAGGCCUGCUGAACGAGAGAAUGGAAUGAGCCCGUCUCCCAGGCCUCUUCAGAACCAAGAAGCCGAAAAUGGCAUCAGCUACUAUGAAGUGGAUGCCAAAAGCACAGAGGUGCUAGAGUGCCGCAUGCAAGUGGCAAAUGAGGAGCUUGUGCGUCUGCAUGAGGAGCUGAAAGAGGCUGGCGAACGCUCCAAAGCCCUGGAGGAGCGCUACAAGCAGGAGAAAGAACGCUGGAGGGGUGAGGCACAGGAACUCGCUGAUAAAAUACGACAGUGUAUCGCUGCUAGCCGACAGGAUCAGGAGCGAAUUGGACAGUUAGAACGGGAAAUUGGUGCCACACGACAGGUUGCCACUGACUCUGAAGGCCACCUCAGUGCUGCGCAGGAGGAGCUUCUGGCCUUCUCUGAGGAGCUGGCCAACCUUUACCAUCAUGUGUGUGUUUGUAACAACCUCACGCCCAGUCGCGUUACACUGGAUUACUAUCGUGAAGGAGCACAAGCGGGGAGAACGCACAACCAUUCGCAGCCGCACCACUAUCGCAGAUCCCUCCGCAGGCACAGGCGGUCGGGUGAAGUGUUGGACCUGGGCAGUGGAGGAAGCGGAGACACAUCAUCUAGCUGCGGAAGUUGUCCAGGGUCUCCUACACUAGACUUCAGGGACCCAACCAAUGUGCGCAAUCUGGUAGCUGUCAUACGAUGCCAGAUUAAACAUUUGCAGGUGGUGGUGGACCUGUGCAGGCAGCGUAACCUGUUGUCCUCUCCAGCAGCAGGAGGGAGCACUGAAUCAGACCGUGACACAGAGGCACUGAUUGAGGAGGUGCUAAAACUGAAGUCCCUCCUGAGCACCAAGAGAGAGCAGAUAGCCACGCUCAGAACUGUCCUAAAGGCCAAUAAACAGACAGCCGAGUUGGCUUUAACCAACCUGAAGACAAAGUACGAGACUGAGAAGUGUAUGGUGACAGAGACUAUGAUGAAGCUGAGAAAUGAACUGAAGGCCCUGAAGGAGGAUGCAGCCACCUUCUCCUCCCUUCGCGUCAUGUUCGCAAGCAGAGAUGAAAUCCUCCUUGUGUCUCCCUCUGUGCUCCAGUACACAUGGACCAUGUUCAUGCCCAGUUCAUGAACACCCUUACCCUGCAGACCUGUCCUCACCUCAUUGGAUCUCUCUCUCGUCAUGUCUCUCGUGCCUCUCCUUCCACCCUGUCUCUCGCCUGUUUUUUCAUAUGGUUGUCUUCCAUUUGUCUGGAUCAAGUCGUUCAGCUUCAAGAUACUGAAAGCUGAACACAGUCAUUUCAUGCCAUCAGAUUUUUCCUUAUUCAUGAACACACGUACCAAACCAAAAACACUUGGAGAUCAGUAUUGUUUAGUCUAACUGGCUGUGACUGACCUUUUCUUAUACAAGCCAUAGAUAAACACACCUUGUUUUGGUUUUAGCCUUUAAAAACUGAUUUUUUUUAGCUAUCAUGGAGGACGUUCCUCUGGUAUAACUGACCAGUUGUGCAGUUCUACAAUAUAACUUGCCCUGGCCUUUAAAGACCGCUACAGUGAAGUACAAAACAAACGAACACAUACAACCAGUAAACGGAACGAUCAACUAUGCAUAGGUACAAAGACUUUUGCUGCUAAUUAGCUCAUGCUAAAUAAAUAAAUAAAUACAAUUACCAAACUGCCAGUUUAUUCUGCCUA